CCCUGCCGGCCCGGCCGCCGCGCCAGGCACAGCCGGUACCGCACUGCCCUCCCGCCAUUGGCCAGUUCAAGUCCCGCGGCUGGCCCAAUCAGGGAGGCGCUGUACGGCGGCCGAUUCAAACAGCUGCGGCGGCGCGCGCCACCCUUCACAACCGCCUUUAUACCGCGGGCGGCCAUGACGGCGAAACCCCCGCCCCGGCUCCCGGCCAGCCGCAGGUCCGAGCCCGCGAAACGAGGUAAGGCUGCGGGGCGGCCACCGGGAGGUAAAUUCCAAGGGGCUGAAGGGUUCUUCGUUCCAUCCGCGCGGAGCCGAGGCGCUGGCUGCUGGGGCUGGCUGUCGUUACCACGCUGCGCAGCGGCGGUUACGGCCGUGGCGGAACAAAGACAAAAAGUUGAAGAAUAUCGAUCAAGGAAAAAGACCUUUUCUGGUGUGCUCAUUGAAGAAAACCAGGGAUCGAUCAGCAGUAGCAGAACUAGGAGAGCAACUAGCAGUAAGCUGCAAGGCAAAACACAGCUCUCAGCAUCUCCAAAGCCAGGAAUGGAAAAUAAAGAAAAUGCUAAUGAACUGUCAUGGGACCAAUCAAAUGGAGCCUCAGAAAAAAAUGUUACUUUAAACUCUUCUACAAGCACACUGACAAAUUCCAUAUCAGGUGCGAAGUAUAAUCCUGAAGAUCAUGCAUCCAAGAAUGAAGUCACUGAAAUAAAAUCUCAGCAUGUGUCACUUAGUAAGUCCUUCUUGCAAAUUAAAAGCAUGAAAGAGAAGGAAUUGAUUGCAGAAACAAAACAAAAUUCAAGUGUCAGCCUACCAAAGAAACAAGUGUUUGGUACAUAUCGUGGCAAAAUUAUCCCAUCAAAGAUAAACUCCUUCCGAAAAGUACCAAAACAUGAGGGGAAAGAUAGUUCCUUGCCGGAUAAGAAGAUCCUUCCUUCUGCCACCAGACCAACAGCAAGUUCUUUGUCCAUGAACAGCUGUAGUAUAGUUGUGAAGACCAUCAAAGUCACAAAGUACCAUAAUUCUGUAAAACCAAAUGGUACCUUCCCAUUCCAGAACAAACAAUCUGACAAAGCUGCUAUUAGCAGUCUGAAGAAAUGGCAACUGACACCUGCUGUAGUGUCAAAGAAAGUAACAGUCCAAAAAAUGAUCAGUGAAAGGGGACCACAGCUACCCAAGGCUGCUUCUAACAAUUUUGACCGCAGAGCUCUAGGAGUGAAGAGAUGUGCAGAUUUUUGUGAAGAUGCAAGACCAGAAGCUCCAGCAAAAACAGUUUCUCUUGUUCCUGGUACAAAGUUGGGACAGGAUUCUAAAACUAAAGCCAAGAGUAAAUCUACUCUGCCAAAAGAGACAGCAGAAGACAGAAGAGCUCGCCUGGCUGAAUGGAGGGCAUCCAGAGGAAAAGUGAUGAGGAGACCUCCAACAUGUGUGCUUCUGAAACCCAAGUCUAAAAGGGAAGAACAAGAAUUGUCUUCUGGCAAUUCUUUAGAGCAUGUAUUACAUAGUGAAAAGGUCAAGAAGACUCUGGCAGAGUGUCUGCAUUUAAUUGAACAGGGAUGUCAAGGCGAUGAAGUACGUGCCAUGUUGGAAGAUUUGACACAGAGCAUUCCUGGGGCUAAAAAGCUUGCAAAAUAUUGGAUCUGCUGCAUGCGUCUUGAACAGAUGGGCCCUCUCGAAAAACUUAUUGCCAUCUAUGAGGAGGCCAUUUUGGCAGGAGCAGUGCCUAGAGUUGAACUGCGACAUGCUCUGGUAGAUACUAUGAAAAACACUGAAAGCCUUUUUAAGUUUGAGGAUGGGAAGCGUGAGCACUCUGACUUAGUUAAAUGUCUGGCUUGUCAGGCAGCACAAGGGGGAAGUAUGACAGAAGCUCAUUUAAGUGAGGUAGUGGAAGUCAGCAAGGAACCAAAUGCAUCUGUAGAGCAGGUUCAGGAGGCCUUCAAGGAUUUUGACUCUGAUGACCAAAAAGCAGAGGGUGAUGACAAGAAGGCAGAAACUAGCAGUGAAGAGAUCAAAGAAGAAGUGGUGCAUUCAGACUUGAAACCAAGAGAAGAGAUCUUGCCAAAAAGCAAUAAAAAGCACAAGACUAAGGAACGUACAAAGAAGAAAGGAAAAUGGGAAACACAAGAGCAGAAUGAGGAUGGGGAAAAAGAUACAGCCCAAGUAGUUAAUUCUCCUGAGAAGGAAAAUGACACAUCUUAUUCAAUGACAUACAAUCCGUCUACCACACCAUACUUGGAACGGAUGUAUCAUGAAGCAAAUGACUCCGGUACUAAAGACCUGAAAGUUGUUACCCCUUUGCGAUAUUCUCAACGCAUUCGGGAGAAGAUGUGCAAGGUGCUGGAUACUGUUCAAGAUGAAGAUGCAUAUGUCUCCAUUUGAACAGCUGGGAGAACUGGAACCAAAAGCCACUGUAUUUAUCCACAAACAGACCAAUGCGCUCAAAGAAACAAGUGCUGAAGUAGGAGAGUAAAAAGUAGCAUUAAAUGCUAUGGGAGGGUUAAAGAUCGGACCCUUUUUAAGGAGAGCUGGGGUGGUGUUUGCUUUUAGCUGCUUUGAGGAGCUAUCUAAAACUUGUGUGGAUGGCUUAAGAUUGACUGCUGGAGUCACUGAACUUUUCAAUUUGUUUCUGCUUUUUCAGAAUUGUAAAUCUGGUCUGGUUUAGUACUUUCAAACAGUGUCAUGUUAAAUAUGAUUCAUUAAAUAUUGAAUUAAGGACUAGGUUUAACACUUCAUGUAACAAUUCAAUUUUAGUAUGGUGCUAAUAUCUACUGUUCUCCUGUUGUAAUUCCUAUAAAAUGUUCAGACUUGUAUAAUCUAAUUUUUAGUUUAAGAAAAAAAAUAAUGUAGGCAUUCCAAUAGGGCAAUUAUCUACUACAGCAACCUUUAGUUUUGAAAACUGAAACUACCUAGUAAGGUGUACACUAAGUUUAAACUGUUGUAUCCAUUUUUAGGGGGUAUUUCAACACAACUGAGUUUGAUCCCUUUAGUUACCAUGUUUAUUCAUGAUGAAAUCUCCCUUAGAUGAGAUCUGAUACACUAAUUACUGUGUGCCUGUUCUAAUGUUGGUUUGCAUUUGCCUGUAAUAUGGUAGACCUAUUAAACUAAUCAACUGAA